AUGGCUCAGACUACUCAGGAUAAUACCUCAAUUCCAUCUCCACAAAUCCAGCCAAACCACUCCAUAGGUGCAUUGCGUGUCAUGGCAGAAAGAUUGUUGGCUGAGCAGGCAGAUAAUGAGGAACUACUUGCUACAAUUUCACACGCACCAGCUCAAUCUUCUCCAAACAAUGAGUGGCCUGAAGAUGCUAUGGGAACGGAUGACGAAGCGGAUAGACUUGAUGAUUCAGUAUUACAAGUUUUAGAACUUUUAGGACCAGCUCUGUCAGAUGAAGAUGACUCUUCCGACUCCAAAUCUGAAACUGAACAACGACAAUUAUUAUAUCAAGCACUUGAAAUGUUGAAUGAUGAAGACCUAGAUGAUGAAGAUGAUCCUGAAUAUGAAGCACUUCUGGAUGCUGAGUUAGCUAAAGUUCAUAAAGAAGAAGAGGCUAAUGGCUGGUUUCCUUUCAAAAAGAAAGAGGGUGUGGUCCGAGCUUUGAAAAAGAGAUUGAAAGAAAGGUUUGGUCAAUCAAUUGUUCAAUGUAUGAGUCCAUUGGGUACUCUGCUCUUUGGACUCAAGAUUGAAGAUAUAAUCCGACAAGAUUUGGCAAACCCGUUUAUCAGCCCCCAUAUUGUCACCAUACCUGAACAUACUGCUGGAACUAGUAUUCCAAUCACACGUCUCUCCCAAUCAUCCAAGUGGCUUAAAGAAUUUGAUCGGGAAAUUUGA